AUGUUCAAAGUUUUCGGUGCAAGAGUUAAAAACGUCCUCUCUGGUGAUACCCUAGUUCUUUCUCCUCUGAAUGGAGCUUCUAAUCAAGAGAGGGUUCUUUCCUUGGCUCAUUUACAAGCCCCAAGACUUCCUGCCAAUGAGAAGUACGCUUACGAGUCACGUGAGUCUCUAAGGAAGCUUCUUAUCGGCAAAGAAAUCCGUUUCUGGGUCAUUUACAAAAGUCAAUCGGAUCACGAGUUUGGUGACGUCUCUUCGCCUAUUUUUUCCUCGUUAAUUGAGUACGUUUUGGAGAAAGGAGGUGCUAAAUUGCGUGACAAUCUCGAUACCAAUGACAAUCCAGAACUAGAAAACUUGAAAGAGAUUGAGUCCAAGGCCCGAAGUGCUAACAUAGGGAUUUGGGAUUCUGAUUACAAGCCAAUUGAGAUCAUCUCGAGACCCUCUGAGGAUGACAUAGAAAGGUCUGUAUCUCAGCCUGCAGCUGCCAUUGUUGAGAAGGUCAUCAGUGGUGAUAGACUUUUCUUGAGACUACUUCUUGAUGAUCAGAGGCAGGCUGUUCUUCCGGUCCUUGUGGCUGGUGUUAAAUCUCCAAGAACAGCUAAUGGUGACCAGCCAGCAGAACCUUGUGGAGAGGCUGCUAAAGGUUACGUCGAGGCCAGAUUACUUGGUCGUGAUAUCAAGGUUUCGCUUUUGGGCGAAUCUGCCUCUGGUGUUUUGGUUGGUAAGAUUAUUCAUCCAGCAGGUAAUAUUUCUGACAAAUUACUCACGGAAGGUUUUGCUGAAGUCGCUGAUUGGCAGUCUUCGUUUAUAGGCGCCAAGGGUAUGUCUGUCCUCCGAAAGGCAGAAAAAUCUGCUCGCUCUGCCGGGAAAGGUGUGUGGAAGGCGGAUUCUGCUGCUUCCAACGGAGAGUCAGCCGAAUCUGUUUCCGUCGGUGAGAUCAGAAUUGCUGCUGGUAGUACUUUUCAUGCCUCUGUUUCGCGUAUUAUCUCUGCAGAUACCCUUGAAUUGAGGCUUAAGAAUGACGCGGUGAUCAGUGUUCAGUUGGCAUAUCUUAGAGGUCCUCGUCAGUCGGAUGCUAUCACUGCCCCAUUUGUCAAUGCUGCCCGUGAAUUUGUCCGUGAAAAAGCUAUCGGUAAGCAAGUUUUGGUUACGGUCGAGUUUGUUAGACCUGCAACUGAACAGUAUGAGGAGAGACCAAUGGUUACCAUUCUCAUCCACGGCUCGAAGAACCUUUCCGAGCUUGUUGUCAGUAACGGUUAUGCUACUGUGUUACAUCAUAGAAAGGGUGAUGAUGUUGCCGAUUAUUGGGACUUACUAGUCGAGUGUGAAGAACAAGCCAAGAAGACUCGCAAGGGAAUAUUUGGUAAGGCACCGGAUGCCGGAAGAAUUGUCGAUGCAUCUGAGAAUGCUUCUAAGGCUCAGCCAUAUCUCUUCACCUUUAAGAAUAGAUCUAAAAUACCUGGUAUCGUUGAACACGUCAUGUCUGCCUCAAGAUACAGAAUCUUUCUUCCAAGAGAAGGUAUUAGGCUCAUUCUUGUUUUGGGAGGACUAGUCAACAAUAAAGGUGGUAGAGACGAUAAGACCAAUAAGCAGGCAUUUGCUUUGGCCAACAAGAAGGCUUACCAGCGUGAAAUCAGUAUAGAUAUUUACGGAACGGACCGCAUUGGUAGCUUCAUUGGUGAUUUGUUUCUUCCAGGUUCUAAUCAGCCUUUCCAAGUCGCUCUUCUAGAGAAUGGAUUGGCAAAAUGUCAUGAACGUUCGUUGGGUCAGACAAAGUAUGGAUCGGCAUUUUCUGAAGCCGAGACUACCGCAAAGAACGCCAGAGUUGGUUUGUGGAACGAUUAUGAUCCAUCACAGGACGUGGAGGUUUCUGAGGAAGCACUUUCUCGGCAAGUCAAGGAGAUGAAGAUAGAAAGGAAUUAUUAUGACGUUGAUGUUUCCGAAGUGCUACCCGAUGGACAUAUUGCCAUUCAAAUCCUUGAUGCCGAUCGGUCCAAAUUGAAACCUUUUAUGCAGAGAUUUCACGCAGCUUCAUCUAGAUUCCAACCUUAUGUUUCUGCACCUAGAAGGAACGAAAUUGUUGCCGCAAAGUUUUCGCAAAAUGGUAAGUACUAUCGUGCUAAGAUACUCGGUCACGAUAAGACCCCAGGCAAAUUUGAAAUUCAGCAGGUUGAUUAUGGAACUAUCGAAUCUGUGCCACUAUCAGACUUGUUGCAACUUCCUACGGAAUACCAGGUUUCCACUUAUAAGUCUCAAUCUCAUAUUGUUCAACUAUCUUUGGUGAACCUACCACCAGAGUCUCAACCUGAUUAUUUACAGGAGGCCAUUUACUUUCUCGAAAACAAGUUGUUAGAUAAGCAAAUGGUUGCCUGUGAAACUUACAAGAAUCCGACUCCUGGCGUGGAGAUGGAUGUCGAAUUAUAUGAUCCUGCUGUGAUCAGCACCAAUCCUAACUUCUCAAUCAACAAAGAAAUGGUUCAGGAAGGUUGGGGUCUAGUGAAAAAAAAGGAUUUGGCUCUAUUCGAGAAGCUACUUAAAGAAGAAAGAGCUACGCUAUUGAAAGUCGAAGCGGAUGCCAAGAGAUUGCAUAAGGGUUGCUGGAAAUACGGUGACAUUGAGGGAGAAGAUCUCUACUAA